AUGCCGUGGGCAUUGCGGUGCGCCUGCGCAAUGUCACGUAUUCGCCUGCGUUUUCGCUCUUCUCCCACGCCCGUUAAACAGUCGCCUCAACUCCGGCAGGAAGAACGAACCCUGACCGCCCCCUUUCUCCGACCCCGCAAGGCUCGCGCUCCCCCGCAGUCCGCAGUGCUGGGUCACAAGGCGGUUGCCAGGCGCCCGGCGGAGAAAAAGAUGCGGCCAGGAACAGCAGCGGCCACUCUGGAGCGUGAGGCCAGUGGAGUUCAGCAGGCUCUCAAUGGAGUAUACCAGCUCUGGCCACCAUGGACCCCACUGGAUGAGAGCUUCCAAUGGCUGUGGCACACAACACCUACACCUUCUUCCAAGCACCCCUUCAGGGCUUCCCCCUGCUUCCCACAUACUCCUUCUGAACUUGAAGUACAGCUGUGCUUUCAAGAGGUCACUCUAGUUGUAGACACACCAUUUCUGGAGCCUGGGGUGAGUCCCAAGUUACCUUGCCAUACAUCAGAGCUCCGAACCAUGAACAAGAAAGGGCUGGUCAGGAAGCCCCAGCCUGUCCACCUCAGUGGAGUGGAUUCAGUGUUUGGCAUCAUCACAGCUCAGCCACCAAAGUGGACUAGCACCCUCAGAGUUUCAGACAAGUCAGCCUUUCGUAAAAUCAUCAGCCAGGAGCACCAGUGGCCCACUGGACUGAAGGAACCUCAGAUUCAGAUGACAGUGACCAUGUGCAAACAGAUGUUGCGCUCAAUCCUCCUGCUAUAUACAACAUACAAGAAGUGCACCUUUGUCUUACUGCACUCCAAGUAAAGGGUCACCAUCUGAUUCCCAUUUCUCCUACCAUGCCCUUUGCUGU